AUGUCCGGGGUCGUCUGGAUACCAUCUGAGGAUUGCCUCGCCAAGAAGCCUCUUCAAGAGCCGCUCAACUUGUAUGUUCAACCCGAACCUUCACCUGAGCUGGAUGAGAGGUUAUUACGAGACUCUGGAGGCCCCGCGAUGUCGCUACAGUACAAGGCGACCGACGGGGCAGCGCCCGGACUGAGUUCCAUUGCCAGUGCAAGCCUGGAGACAAGAAAGGACUAUAACUCUGAAUUCCAUCCCGCGUUAUCCAGCUCGCCUUCCGCAGCGCACAGGGAGGCGCGAGUCGUCGCAUUGUCAACCGCUGGUCGCAACGCUGAUUCCCAUGAUGGUCGUCAUUCUUCCCUAAUAGGCUGUUCGGAUUCCCAAUCUCUACAUUUUGUCAGCGGGCACACUGUCCUACUGGAUCAGGAGCCUCUGUCGACUGAGUGCGACAUACGCUUCCGGCAGCACUUCCCAGCGGACUCGACGCCGGCCAUUCCUCCUCCGCCGCCUCCGCAGGAAUCAAAACCAUUUGAGCAACAACAAAAUCAACACCUCUUUUCCUACGAACACCACCACCAUCACCAACAACCGCAGCAGCAACAACAGCAACAGCAACAAGAACAGCAAUCCGGGCUAUCAGAGCGAUCCUGGCCCGCGCAAUCAGCUACCUGCCUUCACACGCCCGAUCCCGAUGCCACUGGCGCGCUGCCUAGCCUGCCCGGCUCCUUCGAGCCCAUGCAAGCCGAGUACGGUGUCUGCAAAAGCCCCCCCUCUACCUGCCACACGCGCGAGCUACACGCUGGUGGGGAACUUGUCUCCGUUCACAGCCUGAGCCUCUCUGGACCCGAUCACGAUCUCCUAGACCAGCUCCUAGGCUCUGAUCCUGGCGGUGCAAGCAGCCCUCCCCUCCUGGGGCCGUCGUCUUUCCUGGUCACAGAAACCUUUGUGGAAACAGCGCUGCAGCCGACUUUCUCCGACUACAGCCAGCGUCCGACGCCAGGCGUGACGGAGCCUAUCGACGCGGAAGCAGACAGCGCCGCCCAGCAGCCCAGCAGGACGCGGCAUCUGACGAUCUACGAGACGCGGGAUUCGAACCCGAAUCCGAAACAGGGUAGUAGCGAACCAAACAUUCAGCCGCCGUUGCUGAAUGCUUACGGGGAGGCACUGCCCUUCAGCGCGCCACAGCCAGCGCACUACCGGUCGCUGCACCCGCCAUGCCAAUCGGGAGAGUUGGCUGCUACUUCACCCUGCCGUACAGCUAUCGCCGCUACUGCUGGCGGCGCCUGUGUACAACCCUCCUCAGACAGCCCUGCCGCCGCGCAUUUCGCUCAGCACCGGCAGCAGCAGCAGCAGAGUCCCGCCCAAGGUACUGGGCUCGAGGCCGGCGUGCAGCAGUGGGCCAGAGGCGGCCAGAGCAACAGCCGGGUAGACUAUGAGGCCCAGGAGCUGUCGCAGCAGCGGCAGGGCUUUGCGGCCUUCGCCGGCGGCAACGGCGCCGUGGCAGAGGCCGAGGCAGGACCUAGCACCUGCGGCGCUAUGGACGUGGCGCCUACUCCGUCGCCGUCUGCGGCCAACGCCGCCAGCAGCGCAGGCACCGUGUGCCCGCCGGGGCUAGUGCAGAGCAGUCCAUCGGACUCCAGAGGCAAGCGACUGCGCCACCACCAGGCGGCCGACGGGCAGCAGCAGCAGCAGCUGGGGGGCGCCAACGCUCCCUCGGCAACACCAACGCCAGUGCUUUCUCCCUCGCACACCGCUGGCCCGCCGCCACCGCCGCCAGCUGCGGCAGCACGGCACGGUAGCCCCAGCAACCGCAGCCAAAGCGCCGGCGAUCCCAUGAGUGUCAGCGGCGUCGACAGCGCCGCCGCCAUGUACGGCCAGAGCUCAGGGUACCCAUACCCGUACGGCAUUCCACCGCCGUACUCCAUGCCGUACGGCAUGCUGUACGGCGACCCGUACUAUCAUUCAAGUUAUGGCUACCACCCUAUGAUGGACGCCCCGCCGCUGCCGCCGGCGCCGCCCAGCUGCCCGGACGCCCUGGCCGCUGGGGGCUACGGCGCGGCGGCGGUUGGAUCGCACUAUCCAAGCUACAUGGCACCCAGGCAAAGGCUCUAUCGCCGCUUCGUGAGCGGGCCCCACGGUCGUCGUGACGGUGGGGGGUCGGCGUCGGACCCGACGAUGGCGGCGGCAGGGCUGCCUGGGGGUCCGGACUCUAUGACACCCAUUUGCGGCUACUCGGGGGCCUCUUCCGCCCCCACUGGGCCUACGCCGGGCGCCAUUGCCUCCGCUUGCAGCGGCGGCGGCACCGGCAGCACCCGGGCAGUAGGCUCGGCGGUAAGGCAGCAUCCUGGACAGUCAUCGUCAGCCCCAAUGGUUGAGGGGUCAGCGGCGGCGGCCGCCCGUCCCGGUGCAGCGAGUUGCGGCGGCGCCGUGUCGGUGAUUGACGCUCCAGGGGGUCCCGCAGACCAGACCUCUGCCGGCGGCGCCGCGGCGCGUAACCAGCAGAUGGCGACGCAGCAAGGUCGCGGUCGGCCGCCAUCUGCGGGGCCGCAAGGGGUCCCAGGCAGCAGCGUCGGUUUCGACAUGGAGAGCUCCAUGGCUGCUCGCGCUUGCCAUGAUCAGUUCGCCUCGGACGAUAUGGCGCUGCCGCUGCCGCGCUCCACUGUGGACGGUAUCCGUCAGGAGCUGAGAGUGGUCACUCAAGAGUUCCUGCAGCGCCGGAUGGACCUGGCCAGGACGAAGCAGAUGCAGGCAGCUGCCGCCGCCGCCGCAGCGGCGGCCGCUGCAGCAGGCGGCGGGGCCCCCCGCUUGCAGCCUUCGAGCUCCUGGACCGCUGGCGACACGACGACUAGCAUGACAGCUCCGACGGCCCCGGCGGCGGCGGCGCUCACCCAGCUGUACCCGCCGUACGCACAUCACCCGCAGCACAGCGGUCCGCCAUUGGACGUGUACUCCCACGGUACGGCAUAUCCGUCCGUGUUGGCGCCAGCGGCUGCUGGCAGCGGCGGCGUCGGCGGCAGCUCCGCACCACUACCGCACAAGCGCGGCGCGUUGGCAGGCCCGUCGGCUGGGGGCGCCGUGUCGCCCGUACGCGCACGGCCGGCACCGUCGGCACCAGCUGCGACCACGGCUGCUGCUCAUUCGGCGCCUCUAAGUACGACACGCGGCGCUGCCGCUGCCGUACGCCGCAGCGCUGAGGGGUUCUCUAGCGACCCAUCAUCGGCGGCGCCUAUGCAGAUGAUGACUUCGGAGCCGGGAGCCGUCGGCGCAGCGCAGCAGUACGACACGUUCUUUAGGUCCGUCGGCCGGGGUCUCGUCCAGCACCUGCGGACCGCCGUCGAUGGCGAUGCCUCCUGGCUACUUCAGCGGAGCCGUGCCACCGUCGCCGUACGACUACCCACCUGGGUAUUACUAUCCGCCCUCGAUGAGCACGUACGGCAUGCGCAUGUACGGCAUGCCGCCUCCGAGCAUGCCGCCGGGGUAUCGGCCGCCGCCAAGCUCAGGAGUUCCAAUGUACGGCAUGCCGCCACCACCAUCUAUGUCGUAUCCGGGUGCAAGUGCGGUGCCACCGCCGCCAUGGCCGGAUUAUGGCCCUCCUCCAAUGCCUGGGGCUCCGUUACCUCCACAGCCCGGGCCGGGAGGCUCUAUGCCUCCGGGACCGUCCGGCGCAAUGUCUGCAAUGCACAUGCGGGCCGGUUCGGUAGCUGGUGCAGUCAGUGA